UGACAUAUGUUGGACAUCAGUUUAUCGGUUAAGGGUUUUAGAAGCAUAACCACAACAAGCCAAUGAUGCGGUGGUCCUGUUUGGAUGAGCGUAUUAAGAAAGAUAACUUUUACUUAAUGUAACUGCUUGUUCCAGGAAUAAUCACGAUGGAGGUUUUGCAGGACGGGGAAGAGCAUGCACUGAAGGAUAAACGAGGGGGGCGUUUGGACAUGACUCACGGCUUCUUACACCACAUUAGACGAAAUCAGAAAGCAAGAGAUGAUUAUGAUAAAGAAGUGAAACAGGCCAAAGAGAGGCAACGGCGCAGGCAUACAACCACCCCCUGUCGACCUCGACGACCCGAUCUGCAAGUAUAUCAUCCACGCCACCGGAACGGCUUGGGGCCCAAUGAGGCAGCAGAUGAUUGGCAGGAGAAUGAGAGUGGUGACAGCAGCACUGAACAGGAGGGAAGCUCAGCCUCUCCGCUCUUCUGGCUGGACUACCAGGCCGACAGUGGACACAUUACUUCCUUCAUCGUCUGUAAGGAGGACGAUCCUGAGAGUGUGGUGUCGCGGGUGGCAGAGGAGAACAUUCUAGACUCGGCCAUGAAAACCGUGCUGCUGGCACGCGUCCGCAAGGAAAUGGACAAACGGCGUAACAAGCGCUGAGCAAGCAGCUGUACUUACAGAGGGGACAGACCAUAAGAACAGCAAAACCGGAGGAUGAGAGAGAGAGAGAGAGAGAGACAACACAAGUGAUAUUAGAGGAAGAGUUGUGGAACUGAUCGUGAGGAGUGAGUGUGCGUGGACAGAGACGGCAGGUGAAGAGGUGCAGUGGACUGCACAGCGCUCAGGACUCCUCAGGGAAGAGGAGCAACGAAGGCAGAAUUACAGCAGCCAGUCAGGUCGUGGAGCUGCUCUCACAGGAAUAUGUAUGCUGAGACAGACUGACUGCUCGCAUCAGAGUUCAAAGGUCAUGACUUUUCAAGUGCAGUCAUGGUGGUCUCCUGAAACACAAACCACCAUGGACGCUUUUAACUCUCUCUCAUAUCUUUCACACACACACACCAACUCCUACACAAACAUAAUCUGGUUCACCUGUUCAUCAGUAUCAGCAAUCUAGUGGAGGGUUAUGAAUUAGUAUAGCUGGAUCUGCCUAUGGCUGCAAGAGUUGUGCAUGUGUUUUCUUUGUUUUGUAAAGGUCCCUGUGGUGUCAUCAUUGUGUGUUUUCAGUUAGAGUGAUGGCACUGCACAUAGAGAAAACUGGGUGAACAGUUACAAGCAUAAGAAGAUUUGCAGGUGUAUGGAAUGAAUGUGUCUAUUAGAAUAAAUUGAUGUGUGUGUGUGUGUGUGUGAAACAAGAAAGGCUCACCUUGCUUGCUGCAUUGUCACUCCAGUCAAACAUUGAUUGCCGUUUACUCUUUUCUCUGUAAAUGUUAUAACCUCUUUGAUGAAGGUAAUGUUUUUGGUUAGAUUUGUUGUUUGUCUGUCAACAGGAUUAUACAAAAAAACAAUAUGACCGAUUUUCAUGAAACUCUGUGGAGUGUGGGCUGAGGAAGAACCGGUUACACUUUUGGAACAGAUCCAGGUCAAGCCCUAGAUCCAGGAAUUUUGUUCCAUCCUCUUUAACAUUGCAAGAAGGGUCACAUUGGCCUUGGCAGAGGUCUGUGUUCUGUUCUAUGUGUGUGUUGAAAUAUCAGUGUGUGUGUGUGUGUGUAUGUCAUUAAAGGGAUGUGUUACAAAAGUC